CUUUAAAUCCUGCAUACGGAACAGAACGAGCUUAAUCAAAGGCAGGCACGAGCAACGGAAGAGGCAUGUCGUGACGGCCGUAGCAUUCAUCUUUCGUGAUUCGUCGUCGAUCCUAGAAAAAGACAGUGCUCGCUUCGUUAGCCAUUCGAAUGUUAUUGCUAUUCGAGGAGACAUUCGUCGGGUACUCCCUGACCUAGGAAAAUCAAUCAGUGCGCGAUGACGUCUUGACAAUGAAAUAAGGUGAGAUAGACGAAAGAGUGAGAUUGUAGACGAAACCGCGUGCAAAUAUCAUCAGUGGAUUUCCAGCGAGAACUCAUUCUUCAUGAAUACGAGAAAAGAUGCUGUUGAGAGUUAAUCUGGUCGUGGUUUUGCUGACCUUGAAUUGCGUCAGUCGCGCGAGUGAGCAUUCGAAAUCGACGCCAGAGAAAUGGCAGAAAGAAGAGAGAACUAUCACACCCGGCGAGAAGAUCCUUAGGUAUAUGAAUGAUAAUGUCACCUUCGAGAAUCCUAUUUCUUUGGUCAAUGGUCGCAACGCCAGAGAUAAGGUAGCCAAGAUUCAUCGUAUAAUUGAUGAAGACUUCUAUAAUGCACAUUCUAAGAUUGAAGUGAAGGAACGAGAUGAAGCACGGCGUAAGAAACGAAAGGUUGGCCGUACUAUGUUGGCGUUGCUGAUGGCGUAUAAACUCAAAUUUGUCGCUCUGAUACCAGUAAUACUUGGAGGUUUGAUUCUUCUCAAAGGAACAACGCUGCUUGCGGGAUUCUUCUUCGCCUUGUUUGCUGCCGUUCUCGGACUGAAGGUACACUGACAACGAAAUCAGGAUCUUUGGAAGGAGCGUACCAAGAAUAUACUAAGAAGUGAGAAUGACAUACGACUUUAUUUCGUAAUAAUUUACAAUCAGGUUAGACUUGUAUAACUAAUCGCCGUUGUCUUUGAGAAAGUAUUGAACGCCUGUGUGCACAAAGUAACACUUAAGCCGAAUUUAUAAUCGCUUCUCGGAGUCAAACGUAUACAUUUCGUAUACAUUUUGUAAAAAAUGCGUCGCGUCAAGUGUAUACUUAUAAACACAUUAAAUUAAAUUAUUUUUUAUCUUUUAGACACUACAAAUAAAAAACGUUACACGAAACAAUCCGCAUGUAUUACGAUCAUUACGAAAUAAAUGUUACGUUUCUUAAAAUGUAAUAUAUUUAUA